UUAAUUGGGAAAAAUAGAAGUGUCAACCGCAAAGGUUGCAAACAACUGAAGUCGUUGAAAUAUCGCCAUAAAACUACGCCACGCUUUUCCCUCAACAGCAAAUUACUAAAUUUAACGUUAUCGGCUUCCGAUAGCAUUUUUGUUACUCUCUGUUAUCCUCCAAAAACCUUGUCUCUGUUAUGCUUAAACCCAAGUGAGAUUUCUUGUAAUAAAACCGUAAAACUAUUGAGGAAUUUAUUCAUUGGGAAAAUGGCGUCUGUUUCUCCUUCUUGGCAUUAUCAAGAUGGAGGAUUGAGAAGGAUAGUUUCAGUGGACGCGGCCGUCACCAAGAAUCUCAAGCUACCGUUUGCAGGUUCAUUUUCUUCAUCGAUGUCAAAGUUUAAAGUAGUAACCAUCUCUCCGUUAAAGAGGGCUCCUUUACUUACUCAAAUAAAGUGCGAGAAAGAUGAUAAAGAGAGCCCCAUCGAGCAUAUAUCAGUUGAGCGAUACCCGUAUCAUAGCUAUAUGGACUCCACUUCCGGUCAGCUUGAGCCGGCUUCUGGUGCUCGUGCAAGCAUUCCAGGGGAAGAGUACUGGCCGGAAGGCACAUCAAGUCGAGUAAGGGCUGCACGGGCUCCUGAACCAACUGGUGUGUCGACUGGAAAACCAUCUUUCGGGAAAACCCCUGGGAGUAGGAGGAAAAGGAACAAGUCUUCGUUUUCUGCAUCUCAGUCUUCAGAAACGAAUGUAUCUGUGAAUGAUCAAGUGGAAGCUGAAUCUCAAGAGGAUUCGCUUGAUGAACCAAAAGAUCACUUGUCAGGGUAUGUUGUCUAUCAGGCAGAACCUACGGGAGAGGAGUUGAGUAGCUAUGAACUUGACAAGAAGAUUGGGAAUCCUCACCCCUUUAUUGAUCCGGAAGCUAAGAAACCGAUUGAGGAUCCACUUACAAGUGAAGAACUGUGGUGGAACUGGAGAAAGACCGACAAGGAACAAUGGUCGAGAUGGCAAAGGAGACGACCAGAUGUUGAGACAGUGUUUCUCAAAGCUAUGGCAGAGACUGGGCAAAUUAAGCUUUAUGGUGAAGAACCAACCCUUACUGAAUGCGCUCUUUUUAGAGCUAGACGUCAUAUUUAUAAAGAAGAGAGGCUUGAGGAAGAAAAUGAAAGACUGCAAAAGCUAGGCCCUAUAGCUUACUAUUCAGAAUGGGUUGAAGCUUGGAAAAGGGACACCUCACGUGAAGCCGUGCAGAAGCAUUUUGAAGAGACUGGUGAAGAUGAGACAUCUCAACUAAUUGAGAUGUUUACAUAUCAAACUGAUCGAGAGUACCGCAUCAUGAUGGGUACUGAUGUCCGUAUUCCUCGAGAUCCACUAGCGAUGCGCAUGCGGGAGGAUCAAAUAAAGCAAAUAUGGGGUGGAGAUCCUGUUUACCCAACUAUCAACUACAUUCAGGAUCCAAACGAGGUGAUUGAUUACCGGGGUCCAGAUUUUCACGAACCGACUCCAAACAUGCUUGAUUAUCUUAAGGAGCAUGGAAAAAUUAUAACAAGAGAGGAGCUGGAGAAGAUCCUGGCCAAUGAGAAGGCAGAAGUAGUCGAGAUGGCGGACAUGGAUGAUGCUAUGGCACAAGCUGUCGACAUAGGAGAAAACGAUGACGAAGGAGAGGACAGCGAAGAUGAAGGUGAAGAGAAAGAAGAUGAGAAAGUUACGCGCAAUUGGAGCAUCCUAAAAAGCAAUCAAGAAGUGCUCAAGCCAAAGUCGCAGACGAAACCUAAAAAGAAAAUCGAGACCCUGGAAGAAGCUGUAGAUGAUUCGGAGAACCUGACAGACUUUCUUCUAGACUUUGAGCAAGAGGAUUAGUUUCCUCUUAUGGCAUGGUUGAGGGAGUUGCAGGGUGGAGACGAGAGCAACCUCCUCUGAAAUAUCUGAAGACACACGUUCGACUUAGAUUCUUUCAACGAAUGCUUCGUUUGUGACACCGGAGGGAGAGGUACGAGCUGAUAGCGAAGGCGAAGGAGAAUCUGCGCUGUCAUUUUAUAUGAUCAGUUCCAGGUAAGAUAAUGUCAAGUAGGAAGCUAUCUGGAUUGGUGUUGGAUUUGAUUGAUAUGUGCAUUGUAUAUAUUGCUUUUGUUUGAACCAUAUUUAUAUAUUGUGCAAUAGGAAAUUCUGGGAUAUACUAUGAA